CCCACCAGCCCAGGACACUGCCUCUCCCAGUGGCCAGUUUGGACUCCCUGGGACUAGCUACAGUAUCCCCAGUCAUUUUUUCCAUCCACCUCAAUCCCUAACCCGUUCUGCAUCCAAUCCGAGUGACUAGGCUGGGCAUGGCAGAACCUGCACAGGUGCCAACACUGGUCUACCUGGUCACAGGUGGCUGUGGCUUCCUGGGGGAGCGUAUUGUUCGAAUGCUGCUGGAGCAGGAGCCCAGGCUUCGGGAGCUGCGAGUCUUUGACCUGCACCUCAGUUCCUGGCUGGAGGAGCUGAAAACAGGGCCUGUGCAGGUGACCGCCAUCCAGGGGGAUGUGACUCAGGCCCACGAGGUGGCAGCUGCCGUGGCUGGAUCUCAUGUGGUCAUCCACACAGCUGGGCUGGUGGAUGUGUUUGGGAAGGCCAGUCCAAAGACCAUCCACAAAGUGAACGUGCAGGGCACGCAGAAUGUGAUUGAGGCUUGUAUACAGACUGGAACUCAGUUCCUGGUCUACACAAGCAGCAUGGAAGUUGUGGGACCUAAUAUCAAGGGCCACCCCUUCUACAGGGGCAAUGAGGACACCCCAUAUGAAGCAGUCCACAGGCACCCCUACCCUUGCAGCAAAGCCCUUGCUGAGCAACUGGUCCUGGAGGCCAAUGGAAGGAAGGUCAACGGAGGGCUACCCCUGGUGACAUGUGCCCUUCGACCCACGGGCAUCUACGGUGAAGGUCAUCAGGUCAUAAGAGAGUUCUACAACCAAGGACUGCGCUAUGGGGGUCGGCUCUUUCGAGCCAUCCCAGCUUCUGUGGAGCACGGUCGAGUCUAUGUUGGCAAUGUGGCUUGGAUGCACGUGCUGGUGGCCCGAGAGCUGGAGCAGCGGGCAGCACUCAUGGGUGGCCAGGUGUAUUUCUGCUAUGAUAAAUCACCUUAUAAGAGCUACGAGGACUUCAACAUGGAGUUUCUGGGUCCCUGUGGACUUCGGCUGAUAGGCACCCACCCACUGCUGCCCUACUGGCUGCUGCUGCUGCUGGCUACCCUCAAUGCCCUGCUGCAGUGGCUGCUCCGCCCACUGGUGCUGUACACACCCCUGCUGAAUCCCUACACUCUGGCCAUGGCCAACACCACCUUCACUGUCAGCACCAACAAGGCACAGCGCCAUUUUGGCUACAAGCCCCUCUUCUCAUGGGAAGAGAGCAAGGCCCGCACCAUUCACUGGGUGCAGACCUUGGAGGGUUCUGGAGUGGCUGGAGGCCACUGUGGCACACACUCAAGGUCCUGAACCUUCAGAGCCUGGAUGGAGAGAAACGACUGCCUUCUGAAGCUAGAGGCUGUGGUGCCUGACUGGGUGGUAGGAACCGUGCCACGUUUUAACUACAUAGAUCUUGAGCCUGGGUGCUAUCCCAGCCUCCAAGUUCUAACAGGGUUUAGGAACAGGCCUAUCUUUGGUCCUGAGGCCUGCCAGCUGAGUGUAAAAACUGAUUUCUAAAUGGUCUCACUAUCCUUCCCACUUCUGGUUUCUCAAGCAGGAAGGGGCUCACGCUGGUCUGCUUACUCCAGGUGGUCUUCAGACCUGGCUUCUGCCACAUCUGGCUCUCCUUAAGGGGUUGUAGUUCGAUCAUUAUUUAAACGUGUAUCUCUUUUAGACAUUUAUCUUUUAAUUUGCUUUAAAGAAAGCUGAAGAAAUCAGUGAGUUUCCAUGUCUUCUCCAACCACAUUCAGUGCCUGUGAUAUUGUUAGCUUUCUGCCAAGGGGGCCAACCAUGUGGUAUCAGGCCAAGCCUGGAUUAAAAUCCUUUUCCAAGUCUGUGUCUACCUGUUGUCUCCCCUCCCCCCAGUGUCUCCCGUCAACACGGCGCCUGUCCCAUGUGGGGACAGAAGGAAGUGAGCACACAGCAAGCCCGCUGUUGGAUUGGUUGCUAUUUCUCCCGUCCCACCAGGCCCAACCUGGCCCAGGAUAGGGUUCGGGCGCUCUGGGGACAGGACAUGCAGGUCUGGGGCAGGGGUCAAAAUUUCCUGUAUUUGAUCCAUUUGCAAGUUGAUCACCAAUAGAGAGAAAUAAGACUCUGAGGGCUAACAGGAGGGUGGCCAGGCUCUGGGCCCCCAGCCAGGCCCCAGGAGUCCUGUCCCCUCAGGGGAGGGGAGGGAGAGAGUUCUAGAAACCAAUGGAGAAAAAAAGGGGGCAGGGGCUCAUGUCAGCAAACAUGGCUACAUCACGUGACACGCCAGCAACACAGAAACACACCAACGCACACAGCUGCACAGCGGGGUGUGGGGAGAGGCUAGGUGGGGGAGAAGGGAGCUAGGGACCAGCCAUCUUGUCCUCUGUGAGGUGGGCAGGGCAGGGUGAGUUCACAGAACACAUCAUGUGUACACGCUCAAGGCAUGACAAGAGCGUGAUGACCCACGGGCACAGGAGACGGACACAUGGUGGGCUUUGUAAGAGGCAAGGAAGGGACAAUGGAAGCAUUGAGUCCUGGCUUGGGCCUAGGACCACCACGGGGGCACAUUUGGGCUUGAUGGUUUUAGGUGUGUGGAGGUCAGGCGACACACACUUAUCUGAGAACAUGCAAAAGACACCAGCCCCCAGACAAUCCAGGACACGCAUAUGGACAACAGUCAACAAGCUUGUCCAUCAUGUGAUGUGUAGGUCUUGUAGAAAGCUGGGUUACAGCAGACUCAGGACUGCUAAUCCACUUGAGGCCCAGUGGUGGGCAGCCCUGAGCCCAGUGCCAUUCAAAGAGGCAAAAGCAGCAUGCCAGCCACAGUCUGUCCUUGGGAACAUUGCGACUGGGGUGUCAAGAGAGGCUGCUAGAAACACCUAGGUUGAAGGGGGUUCUGGCUGGGCUGAAGGAAGAAGUGGGUGGAUGCUGGGGCCUCCUCUGGCAUCUCCAGAGAAGUCAAGGAUGGGGGCACGAAGCUCUGGGCGAACUCCUGUCCUGCUGAAGAGUAUUCUGGAAAUGGAUAGGCAGGCUCCCUCCUCAGCACAGCUAACCUGGGGGUUACACACAUGUGGAUGCACACAUGCACACACGCAUACACACCAGGUGGGCAGAGCUCAAACAGACAGGCAGGGAAGAGAUGAGCUGUCAGGGCUUGCUCAGAACAUUUCCAUCUAGAAAGCCAUAUUUUCAGGGACUCCCCCUCCCCUCGUCCUGCAUGCACCUGUGCUCACACACACUUCACAUGGCUACCCAACUGCAGGCCAGGACACAUGUCCCUCUGUGUGCCUACACGUUCACAGGACUUGCAGCACUGUCCUUUAUCCCGCUGACAUCCUGCCUGCUCCCAGAGAGCCCACAAAGUGCACACAUAGCUGUGCACACAGUGGAAGGGCUUUCUCCAUUCCUCACCGCUGGAGGAUGCUCCCUGUCUCAACCUCCCUGUCACCCAACUGUGGUAGUGGCCAUGGCUGAUGCUUCAGCAGUACAUGUGUCUGAGGGACAGAUUCAAGGAUGGCCCUAAGUAGCCACUCAGGUGUGUGUAAAAUCCAGCUGCCCAAACCCAAGCUCCUCGAGGAAGAGUUCAGAGCAUUGGCUGAGGCAGUGAGGACAAACAAGAGCUUCGAGGUGAGUUUGAGAGGCAGAAAGGGUAAAUGCCAUGGUUUCCCACCUGUCUGGAGCAGCCCUUGGCAUCUUACCUCCUUAGGCCUACCACACUCCUUCCAGGAGACAGUUUGUGUGCAAACUGGUGUGGCCCAGGAUGGGCACCAUGCUGUUUGUGUGUGAGGCCCCAGCCCCUGUGUGUGACCACCUUUCUGGAACUUCCUCAGCCUCGGCAUUUGUGAACACACUAGGACGUGCUAGUUGUUCAAGGCUCAAUACUGCUGUCAGGCAGAAAGAGAAAGGUAAGAGUCUGGGUGUGUGCUCCCGUCAGAUGGUCUGGAGAGGAAGGACACGGCACUGGCACACUCCUGAUGGAGCAGUGUGAGCCGCUGUUCUGAGGAAAGGGAGGGAGCAACUAAGUCUGGAGAAACAAACCUGGGGAGCAUGAACUUAAAGAGAAACGUGUGUGCGUGUGAUGCACAGAAGCAGAAACAUGUAGAAAGUCCAUAAGGGUGCACACGUACACAGUCGUCUUCCAGUAGCUUAGUGACAGCUAUCUCUACCCAUUCAAAACUAGUGUCUGAUUCACAGCAUGGAUGGCUCUGUCUAGGAGAAGAUUAUCAACACUACACCACAGAGAGAGAGAGAGAGAGAGAGAGACCUGUGCACAAGCCCUUUACAUCACCAUCUAUUAGGGAAAAUACGCACUCAUACAAACUAAGUCAGGAUCUUUAUCAUUUACACACAGGUUUCCACUUGCUUCCCCUGAACUCAAAGUUCAACACACACACACACACACACACACACACACACACACGGACGGACGGACGGGUGGGGGGAGUCCCCAGGAAAUGACGUGAACCCCUGGCAGUAACUGAGCCAGGAGAGUUUGUGAAUUCUACAUCACAGGAGACAUGUGCGGUGGUCUCUGGGCCUCCCUGGAUCCUCGGAGGCUGGGAAUUCCCUCACAUGUACCUCCCACUCCAGAUGGAGCAGACAGGAGAGAAGCAAUCUACAGAUUCAGUGCAAUGCCUAUCAAAAUCCCGGCAAAAUUCUUCAAAGACCUCGAAAGAACGGUAAACUUCACAUGGAAAAGCAAAAAACCCAGGACAGCCACAACAAUCCUGUAGAAUAAAAGAACUUCUGAGCCGGGCGAUGGUGGCGCACACCUUUAAUCCCAGCACUCGGGAGGCAGAGGCAAGCGGAUCUCUGUGAGUUCGAGACCAGCCUGGUCUACAGAGCUAGUUCCAGGACAGGCUCCAAAGCCACAGAGAAACCCUGUCUCGAAAAACAAAACAAAACAAAACAAAAAAAAGAACUUCUGGAGGCAUCACAAUCCCUGACUUCAAACUCUACUGCAGAGCUACAGUACUGAAAACAGACUGGUAUUGGCAUAAGAACAGACAGGAGGACCAAUGGAACUGAAUAGAAGACCCGGAUAUCAAUCCACACAUCUUCGAACACCUGAUCUUUGAUAAAGAAGCAAAAAAUAUCAAAUGGAAAAAAGAAAGCAUAUUUAACAAGAAGUGCUGGCAUAACUGAAUAUCAACAUGUAGAAAAAUGAAAAUAGACUCAUAUCUAUCACCACACACAAAACUCAAGUCCAAAUGGAUCAAAGACCUCAACUUAAAGCCAGCCACACUAACCUUAUAGAAGAGACAGUGGGAAGUACACUUGAACGCAUAGGCACAGGAGACCACUUCCUAAACAUAACCCCAACAGCACAAACACUGAGAGAAACAAUAAGGGGAACUCCUGAAACUGAAAAGCUUCUGUAAAACAAAGGACACGGUCAACAAGACAAAACGACAGCCUACAGAAUGGGAAAAGAUUUUUCACUAACCCCACAUCAGACAGAGGUCUGAUCUCCAAAAUAUACAAAAAACUCAAGAAAUUGGACACCAAAAGAACACAUAAUCCAAUAAAAAAUUGAGUACAGACCUAAACAGAGAACUCUCGACAGAGGAAUCUAAAAUGGCUGAAAGACACUUAAGGAAAUGUUCAACAUCCUUAGUCAUCGGAGAAAUGCAGAUCAAAACAACUCUGAGAUUCCAUCUUACACGGGUAAGAAUGGCCAAAAUCAAAAACACUGAUGACAACUUAUGCUGGAGAGGUUGUGAGGAAAAGGGAACACUUCUGCAUUACUGGUGGGAAUGCAAGCUGGUACAACCCCUUUGGAUGUCAGUGUGGCAAUUUCUCAGAAAACUAGGAAACAACCUUCCUCAAGACCCAGUAAGGGGCUGGAGAAAUGGCUCAGUGGGUAAGAGCAUUGCCUGUUCUUCCAAAGGUCCUGAGUUCAAUUCCCAGCAACCACAUGGUGGCUCACAACCAUCUGUAAUGAGAUCUGAUGCCCUCUUCUGGCCUGCAGGCAGACACACAGAGAGAAUAUUGUAUACAUAAUAAAUAAAUAAAUAAAUAAAUAAAUAAAUAAAUACCCAGUAAUACCACUUUGGGGUAUAUAGCCAAAGGAUGCUCAAUCGUGCCACAAGGACAUGUGCUCAACUAUGUUCAUAGCAGCUUUGUUUGUCAUUGCCAGAACCUAGAAACAACCUAAAUGCCUCUCGACCAAAGAAUGGAUAAGGAAAACGUGCUACAUUUACACAAUGGAGUACUACACAGCAGAAAAAAAUAACGACAGCUUGAAUUUUGCAGGAAAAUGGAUGGAGCUAGAAAACAUCAUUUUGAGUGAGGUAACCCAGACACAGAAAGACAAUUAUCACAUGUACUCACUCAUAGGUGGUUUUUAAACAUAAAGCAAAGAAAGCCAGCCUACAAACCACAAUCCCAGAAAACUUAGACAACAAUGAGGACACUAAGAGAGACUUACAUAGAUCUAAUCUACAUGGGAAGUAGAAAAAGACAAGAUCUCCUGAGUAAAUUGGGAGCAUGGGGACCAUGGGGGAGGGUUGAAGGGGGAGGGGAGAGCAGGGAGGGGACCAGAGAAAAAUGUAGAGCUCAGUAACUAUCAAUUAAAAAAAAAAAAAAGGAAA